AUGGCGGAAGCGGAAGGCGGUGCGAGUGAGCAGGAUGAUGUUUCAUUUUUGCGUACGGAAGAUAUGGUGUGCCUGUCAUGCACGGCGACAGGCGAGCGAGUUUGCUUAGCGGCCGAGGGCUUCGGUAACCGACACUGCUUCCUCGAAAAUAUCGCCGAUAAAAAUAUACCGCCCGAUCUUUCGCAAUGUGUAUUUGUAAUAGAACAAGCUUUAUCAGUAAGAGCUCUCCAAGAAUUGGUGACAGCUGCUGGAUCUGAAACUGGAAAAGGCACCGGUUCGGGUCACCGAACGUUGCUGUACGGUAAUGCUAUUCUACUGCGGCAUCUCAACAGUGACAUGUAUCUGGCAUGUCUAUCCACUUCGUCGUCGCAAGAUAAGUUGGCUUUCGACGUGGGUCUGCAAGAUCAUUCCCAUGGAGAGGCUUGUUGGUGGACUCUCCAUCCGGCUAGCAAACAAAGAUCGGAAGGUGAAAAGGUGCGAGUUGGUGACGAUUUAAUUUUGGUGUCCGUUGCUACUGAAAGAUAUUUGCACACUACGAAAGAAAACGAGGUGUCGAUUGUCAAUGCGUCGUUCCACGUAACUCACUGGUCUGUUCAGCCUUACGGUACCGGUAUAUCCAGGAUGAAGUACGUAGGAUACGUAUUUGGAGGCGACGUGCUAAGAUUCUUCCAUGGCGGUGACGAGUGUCUCACUAUUCCCAGUACAUGGAGUAAAGAGGGUGGACAGAAUAUCGUGGUAUACGAAGGAGGUUCUGUGAUGUCCCAAGCUCGUUCUUUAUGGCGGUUAGAGCUCGCCCGUACUAAGUGGGCCGGCGGUUUUAUAAACUGGUACCAUCCUAUGAGGAUCAGACACAUCACCACUGGCAGAUAUUUGGGGGUGAACGAUCAAAACGAAUUAUAUUUGGUCAGCAGAGAAGAGGCGACAACGGCUUCGUGCGCUUUCUGUCUACGUCAAGAGAAAGAUGACCAGAAAGUGGUACUUGAAGACAAGGAUCUUGAAGUCAUCGGAGCGCCAAUAAUUAAGUACGGUGAUUCCACCGUCAUCGUUCAACACUCGGAGACUGGCCUGUGGUUAUCUUAUAAGUCGUACGAGACGAAAAAGAAAGGCGUUGGUAAAGUUGAAGAGAAGCAAGCUAUCUUACACGAAGAAGGCAAGAUGGACGACGGUCUUGACUUCUCCAGAUCACAGGAAGAGGAGUCGAGAACUGCUAGAGUUAUUAGAAAAUGCUCCUCUUUAUUCACAAAGUUUAUUAAUGGUCUUGAAACGUUGCAAGAAAACCGGCGUCAUUCAAUGUUCUUCGCUUCGGUCAAUCUCGGCGAGAUGGUGAUGUGCUUAGAGGAUCUGAUCAAUUAUUUCGCACAACCAGAUGAGGAUAUGGAACAUGAAGAAAAACAAAACAAACUCCGCGCUCUACGCAACCGUCAGGACUUGUUCCAGGAGGAAGGUAUUCUUAAUCUCAUCCUCGAGGCGAUCGACAAGAUCAAUGUCAUCACUUCACAAGGGUUUUUGGCCGGAUUCCUCGCUGGUGACGAGUCUGGACAGAGCUGGGAGAUGAUCUCUGGAUAUCUUUAUCAACUAUUGGCGGCAAUAAUUAAGGGCAACCACACAAACUGUGCGCAAUUCGCUAACUCCAAUCGGCUCAACUGGCUCUUCUCGCGACUUGGCUCGCAGGCUUCGGGGGAGGGCACGGGAAUGUUGGACGUACUCCAUUGCGUACUCAUCGACUCGCCUGAAGCAUUGAAUAUGAUGCGGGACGAGCACAUAAAGGUGAUCAUAUCUCUGCUAGAGAAGCAUGGGCGGGAUCCAAAAGUUCUGGAUGUGCUGUGUUCUCUUUGCGUCGGUAACGGUGUUGCGGUGCGUUCUUCCCAGAAUAAUAUUUGCGACUACCUCCUGCCCGGAAAGAACUUACUUCUUCAGACGCAACUAGUUGACCACGUAUCUAGCGUACGGCCAAACAUUUUCGUUGGCCGCGUCGAGGGGUCGGCAGUGUAUCAGAAAUGGUAUUUCGAAGUAACAAUGGACCACAUUGAGAAGACAACUCAUAUGAUGCCGCAUCUCCGUAUCGGAUGGGCGAAUACAACUGGAUACGUACCGUACCCCGGUGGCGGUGAGAAGUGGGGCGGCAACGGAGUGGGAGACGACCUGUACUCGUACGGGUUCGACGGCGCGCACCUCUGGUCGGGCGGGAUGAAAACGGCCGUCCACCGAACGCACGCAGAGGAACCCUUUAUUAGGAAAGGUGAUGUCAUCGGCUGUGCCUUGGACUUAACAGUGCCGAUAAUAAACUUUAUGUUUAACGGCGUAAGGGUCACCGGUUCUUUCACCAAUUUCAAUCUGGAGGGCAUGUUCUUCCCAGUUAUAAGCUGUUCAAGUAAACUAAGCUGCCGCUUUCUCCUCGGUGGCGAGCAUGGCCGUUUACGCUACGCGGCUCCUGAAGGCUACUCGCCAUUAGUAGAGUCGCUGCUGCCGCAGCAGAUCCUCAGCUUGGAGCCCUGCUUCUACUUCGGAAACCUGGCAAAACGCGCGCUCGCUGGCCCUCCGUUAGUUCAAGAUGACACCGCUUUUGUUCCAACUCCUGUAGACACUAUGCAGAUCACAUUACCGUCAUACAUUGAACAAAUUCGAGACAAGCUUGCUGAAAAUAUUCACGAAAUGUGGGCAAUGAACAAGAUCGAAGCCGGCUGGAUGUACGGAGACCAGCGCGACGAUCUGCACAAGAUACACCCGUGCCUCGUACCUUUUGAGAGGUUGCCUCCAGCUGAGAAACGUUACGACAUACAGCUCGCCGUGCAGACGCUCAAAACUAUCUUGGCGUUGGGCUACUACAUCAGUUUGGAUAAGCCACCGGCUCGCAUCCGUAAUGUUCGCCUUCCUAACGAACCUUUCAUGCAGUCGAACGGUUAUAAACCAGCACCGCUGGACUUGAGUGCUGUCACCCUAACACCAAAAAUGGACGAGUUGGUCGAUCAGCUGGCCGAGAACACGCACAACCUGUGGGCACGUGAACGCAUUCAACAGGGCUGGACGUACGGACUUAAUGAAGAUCCCGACAUGCACCGUUCGCCACAUCUGGUCCCGUACCCGAAAGUAGACGACGCAAUCAAGAAAGCAAACAGAGACACUGCCUCGGAGACAGUUCGUACACUGCUCGUCUAUGGAUACAAUCUGGACCCGCCUACCGGAGAGCAGCACGAAGCUCUACUAGCAGAGGCUUCUAAGCAAAAGCAAGCGGACUUCAGGACGUACCGUGCAGAGAAGAACUAUGCUGUUAGUUCCGGAAAAUGGUAUUUCGAGUUCGAAAUACUAACUGCGGGGCCAAUGAGGGUCGGUUGGGCUCAUGCAGAUAUGGCGCCAGGCAUGAUGCUCGGGCAAGAUGAAAACUCUUGGGCUUUUGAUGGAUACAACUUGCUUAAAGUGCACGGCGGUUCGAGUGACACUUUUGGGCAGCAGUUGAAAAUUGGUGAUAUUGUCGGCUGCUUCCUUGACGUUUCCGACCAGACCAUUAAGAAAGUAUUCAGCGGUAGCACAGAGUCGUUCGGCAAGCAAUGGGCGAUGGGUGACGUAGUGGGCGUAUUCCUAGAUCUCAUUGACAAGACGAUAAGUUUCUCCCUAAACGGUGAACUGUUAAUGGACGCUUUGGGAGGAGAGACAACGUUCGCAGAUGUGCAGGGAGAUAACUUCGUCCCAGCUUGUACUCUUGGCGUUGGACAAAAGGCUAGAUUGACGUAUGGUCAAGACGUAAACUCGUUAAAAUACUUUACAACGUGUGGUCUACAAGAGGGAUACGAGCCGUUCUGCGUGAACAUGAAACGUGAUGUGACUCACUGGUAUACAAAAGAUCAACCCAUUUUCGAGAACACAGACGAAAUACCUGACACGAAGAUCGACGUAACAAGGAUACCGGCUGGAUCCGAAACACCACCGUGUCUGAAGAUUUCUCACAACACGUUCGAGACUAUGGAGAAAGCUAACUGGGAAUUCCUGCGGUUAUCUUUACCUGUGAUUUGUCAUUCUGAAUUUAUAGAUGAGACUGAAAAAGCUCAUCGUUGGGUAGAAAUCAAAGAAAGACAACAGAUUCUGAUGAAGGAGGCCACAGAAUCCCAAAUGCCAGCACAUAUAGAUCAGAUCAUGAGGAGCGGCUUCACAAUGAACGAUAUCAAAGGUCUGCACUACGACGAGAACCAGGAGGAAAUGCCCACAACUUCCAAAGUCAAGCGUCAACCUUCGAGACCGCCAAGGAAAGGCUCCGUUACUCGCGGCGUCACUAUACAAAAUUAUAAUUUGCAGACAGGUCAGGUCAACGGUAUGCAUCGAUCGACAAGCGAAGCUGAAAUGGCGAAGUAUGAACUUGGAGUAAACAAUUUACCAGAUGAUAAAAAGGACAAAAGAGGCCGAUCGCCAUUCAAGUUCUUCAGAAGUAAACGUGGCGAAAGUGGAGAUAGGAAUAAAUCCCGUAAAUCUAAAACCCCCGAUCCGUUUAGUGAUACGGAAGUUUCACCAGAUCGAGGAAGUACAAGACGGCCAAAUCCUCAAAUAAGAAUUUCACAGGCGAACCAAAGAUAUAACAGCAUGCACAGUAGACACAACGGCCACAAUGGCCACAAUUUAUAUGGCAGCCAGGGGGGUUUGAAUACAAACCUGCAGGUGGCCACACCACCGCAAGAGCGCAAACAAAUGACCACGAGCACGUUAGCCGCGGCCACGACCGAGACGGUAGGCAACGAGAUCUUCGACGCUGAUUGUUUAAAACUUAUUAAUGAAUAUUUCUACGGUGUUAGGAUCUUCCCUGGUCAGGACCCCACUCACGUUUACAUAGGAUGGGUGACCACUCAGUACCACCUCCACUCGAAAGAUUUCAACCAAAACAAAGUCACAAAAUCAUCUGUUAUUAUCACCGAUGAAUAUGACAGAGUGAUGGAAAGUGUCAACCGUCAAUCCUGCUACAUGGCGCGAGCUGAUGAGCUGUACAACGAAGUGAUGGCAGAAGCAACUGGAAAAGGUGCUUCUCAGGGAAUGUUCAUUGGAUGCUCCGUUGAUACGUCCACCGGUACUGUAGCUUUCACUUGCGAAGGCAAAGAAACUAGCAUCAAGUUUAAGAUGGAGCCAGAUACAAAACUCUUUCCCGCAAUUUUCGUGGAAGCAACAUCCCGAGAAAUUCUCCAGAUCGAGCUCGGUAGAUCUUCGACCAGUCUUCCGCUGAGUGCCGCUGUUUUACCCACGAGCGACAAACAUGUCAUACCACAGUUCCCUCCACGUCUUAAAGUUCAGUGCUUAAAGCCGCAUCAGUGGGCACGAGUACCAAACCAAUCACUUCAAGUUCACGCUCUCAAGCUGUCCGACAUCCGUGGCUGGUCCAUGCUUUGUGAGGACGCUGUCUCCAUGUUAGCUUUACAUAUACCAGAGGAAGAUCGGUGCAUCGACAUUUUAGAAUUGAUAGAAAUGGACAAGUUACUGAGUUUCCACUCGCAUACACUAACCUUGUAUGCUGCUUUAUGCUACCAGAGCAACUACAGGGCAGCUCACGCUUUGUGUCAGCACGUGGACCAAAAACAGCUUCUGUAUGCUAUUCAGUCUCAAUAUAUGUCAGGUCCACUGCGCCAAGGAUUUUAUGAUUUACUCAUUGCUUUGCAUCUGGAGUCACACGCUACAACUAUGGAAACUUGCAAGAACGAGUUCGUGAUACCACUGGGACCAGAAUUGAAGUCUUUGUAUGAAGACCCGGAGAUGCGACACAGUUUGCGUUCCUUGCAGACCGAAAGUGUGCGUCCUCAAAUGAAUAUGACUGAUAUCUCCGAGAAAAUCACGGAAAUAAGUAACCUCUACUCGCCGUAUUUCCCCCUUGAAGUGGUGCGUGAGUUCGUGAUGCAGGCACUCGCCGAGGCGGUGGAAACUAACCAAGUGCACAACCGUGACCCCGUGGGAGGCAGCAAUGAAAAUCUGUUCCUGCCCCUUAUAAAAUUAGUAGACCGUUUGUUGCUUGUCGGUAUGAUGCGCGAUGAAGACGUCGAGAAACUGCUUAUAAUGAUCAACCCGGAGACUUGGGAUCCCACUUUUGACAAAGAGGGUAAAGAUGAACAUCGAAAGGGUCUGCUUCACAUGAAGAUGGCGGAAGGAGCCAAGCUGCAGAUGUGUUACUUGCUUCAACAUCUUAAUGACAUCCAGCUCAGGCACAGAGUUGAAUCGACUAUAGCUUUCGCACACGACUUCGUUGGUGACUUGCAGUCCGAUCAAUUGAGACGUUACACAGAAAUUAAGCAAUCGGAUCUUCCUAGUGCUGUGGCAGCUAAAAAGACGAGAGAGUUCCGUUGUCCGCCACGGGAGCAAAUGAAUGCGAUAUUGAGUUUUAAACACUUAGAAGACGAAGAUAAAGAGAACUGCCCGUGCGGCGAAGACCUAAUUGCAAGAAUGAAUGAAUUCCACGACAGCCUCAUGACGCAUAUUUCACUAAAUGCGUUGCAGGAGCCCGACUCUGAUGAAUCAUCUGGACUCGAAACGAAAAGAGGAGCUUUCAGCAGACUGUAUAACAUCAUUAAUACAGUUAAAGAACUGGAGGAUGAGCCAAAGGCUAUAGAAGAACCGCCUAGAAAAUCUCCCGAAGAAAAAUUCCGUAAAGUUUUGAUACAAACCGUCGUCAACUGGGCUGAAGAGUCGCAAAUUGAAACACCUAAAUUGGUCAGAGAAAUGUUUAGUCUUCUAGUCCGUCAAUAUGAUGCGAUUGGCGAGCUUAUCCGUGCCUUAGAGAAGACGUACGUAAUCAAUGCGAAGACAAAGCAAGACGUAGCUGAAAUGUGGGUGGGACUGAGCCAGAUCCGCGCGUUGCUGCCCGUGCAGAUGAGUCAAGAGGAAGAGGAACUGAUGAGGAAGAGGCUUUGGAAACUGGUGAACAACCAUACCUUCUUCCAGCAUCCUGACUUAAUAAGAGUGCUGCGCGUGCACGAGAACGUGAUGGCGGUGAUGAUGAACACGCUGGGGCGCCGCGCGCAGGCGCAGUCCGACGCGCAGCCUGCCAGUCCGCCCGCCGCCGACGACUCCGGCAAGGAGAAGGAUACAUCCCACGAAAUGGUAGUGGCGUGUUGCCGCUUCCUCUGUUACUUCUGCCGCACGGGCCGACAGAACCAGAAAGCGAUGUUCGACCACUUCGACUUCCUGUUAGAAAACUCCAACAUUCUUCUGUCAAGACCUUCGUUACGUGGCUCCACGCCGCUAGAUGUCGCCUACUCGAGUCUUAUGGAAAAUACAGAACUAGCUUUGGCGUUAAGAGAGCAUUACUUGGAGAAGAUAGCGGUUUACUUGUCACGUUGUGGUUUGCAAAGUAACUCUGAAUUAGUUGAAAAAGGCUAUCCAGAUCUUGGCUGGGAUCCAGUUGAAGGCGAACGAUACCUCGACUUCUUGCGCUUCUGCGUUUGGGUAAACGGAGAAAGCGUUGAAGAGAAUGCCAAUCUUGUAAUUCGUCUGCUAAUCAGAAGACCGGAGUGCCUGGGUCCAGCUCUAAGAGGUGAAGGUGAAGGUCUGCUGAAAGCUAUCGUGGACGCCAAUAAAAUGAGUGAGAGGAUUGCUGACAGAAGGAAACUAAGGGAUUUGGAGCAGGAGGGAGAUAUUAAUUUCAGCCACCCACUUCCCGAGUCUGAUGAGGAUGAGGAUUAUAUCGACACGGGAGCCGCAAUUCUAAACUUUUAUUGUACGCUCGUUGAUCUAUUGGGUCGCUGCGCUCCAGAUGCCUCUGUUAUUGCUUUAGGAAAGAACGAAUCCCUACGAGCGCGAGCUAUCUUACGAUCCCUCGUACCUUUGGAAGAUUUGCAAGGUGUACUCAGUCUCAGGUUCACUCUGAACAACCCAGCUGCGGGAGAAGAGCGACCGAAAUCCGACAUGCCCUCUGGUCUUAUUCCCGGUCACAAGCAAAGCGUGGGACUGUUCUUGGAACGAGUCUAUGGCAUAGAGACACAGGAGUUGUUCUAUCGCCUUCUAGAAGAAGCCUUUUUACCAGAUCUGAGAGCUGCUACGAUGCUAGACAGGAACGACGGCUGUGAAUCGGACAUGGCUCUGUCAAUGAACCGCUACAUCGGCAACUCUAUUCUGCCGUUGCUCAUCAAGCACGCCAACUUUUACAACGAAGCGGAAAACUACGCUAGCUUACUCGACGCCACCCUACACACCGUUUAUAGAUUGUCCAAAAACCGUAUGCUGACUAAAGGACAGCGUGAAGCAGUGUCCGACUUCCUGGUGGCGCUUACAUCGGCGAUGCAACCCUCGAUGUUGCUGAAACUACUUCGUAAACUUACUGUCGAUGUAUCAAGGCUGUCUGAGUACACAACAGUUGCUCUCCGGCUGCUAACGUUACACUACGAGCGCUGUGCCAAGUAUUACGGCAGCACGGGUGGCCAAGGGCUAUACGGAGCUUCGUCGGACGAGGAGAAGCGCCUCACCAUGAUGCUAUUCUCAAACAUCUUCGACUCACUCAGCAAGAUGGACUACGAACCGGAGCUGUUUGGAAAAGCCCUGCCGUGUCUUAUUGCCAUCGGUUGUGCACUACCUCCGGACUACUCGUUAUCGAAGAACUACGACGAUGAGUUUUAUGGAAAGGAAACCCACGCAACAGGAGCAGACAACCCGCAAUACGAUCCCCAACCGAUCAACACGUCGUCCGUUGCCCUUAACAAUGAUCUCAACACCAUCGUACAGAAGUUCUCUGAACAUUAUCAUGACGCAUGGGCUUCCAGGAAAAUUGAGAACGGCUGGGUGUAUGGCGAAUCAUGGUCGGACAGUCAAAGGACACACCCACGUCUAAAACCCUACAAUAUGCUCAAUGAUUACGAAAAAGAACGGUAUAAGGAGCCGGUAAGAGAGUCCCUCAAAGCACUGUUAGCCAUUGGUUGGUCGGUAGAACAUUCUGAAGUCGACAUCCCCAGUACAAAUCGCAGCUCCAUGAGAAGACAAUCCAAGUCUGGUGGCCGCGCGCCUGAUGUUGUGACCGACUCGGCGACACCGUUCAACUACAACCCACAUCCAGUGGACAUGACCAACUUGACACUGUCGAGGGAGAUGCAAAACAUGGCGGAGAGACUGGCGGAAAACGCGCACGAUAUCUGGGCUAAGAAGAAGAAGGAGGAAUUGGUUGUUAACGGAGGCGGAAUUCAUCCCCAACUGGUUCCGUACGAUUUACUGACUGACAAAGAAAAGAAGAAAGAUCGCGAACGCUCGCAAGAAUUCCUCAAAUAUCUCCAAUACCAAGGAUACAAAUUACAUCGUCCGAGCAAAGCGUCUCAAAGCGACACGGAGCAGACCACAACCGGCGUGGCAAUAGAGCUUAGAUUCGCGUACUCUUUGCUAGAAAAACUUAUUCAGUACAUUGAUAGGGCGACAAUCAACAUGAAACUGUUGAAGCCUUCGACUACAUUCAGCCGCCGAUCCAGUUUCAAGACCAGCACAAGGGAUAUUAAGUUCUUCUCUAAGGUGGUAUUACCGCUUAUGGAGAAAUAUUUCUCGACACACCGCAACUACUUUAUAGCAGUGGCGACGGCGACGAAUAACGUUGGAGCCGCGAGUUUGAAAGAGAAAGAAAUGGUGGCAGCGCUGUUUUGCAAACUGGCUAGUUUGUUGAGAUCACGACUGGCAGCUUUCGGCCCAGACGUACGAAUCACAGUCCGCUGUCUCCAAGUACUGGUGAAAGGCAUUGACGCCAAGUCACUCGUUAAGAACUGCCCCGAAUUUAUCAGGACGUCGAUGUUGACGUUCUUCAAUAACGUGGCCGAUGAUCUUGGGCACACCAUCUUGAAUUUACAAGAGGGCAAAUACGCACAUUUACGAGGAACACACUUGAAGACUUCUACAUCCCUGGGCUACAUUAAUGGUGUAUUGUUGCCAAUUCUAACGGCAAUGUUCGACCAUCUAGCCAACUGCGAGUACGGAGCCGACUUGUUGCUGGAUGAAAUUCAAGUCGCAUCUUACAAAAUGCUCGGCUCCUUGUUUGUGCUUGGUACCGACUCUACUCUAACACACGACAGGAAAUACCUCAAAACAGAGAUAGACAGGAAUAAACCAGCGCUGGGAUCCUGCCUUGGGGCCUUCAGCUCUACAUUCCCAGUGGCGUUCCUAGAGCCACAUUUAAACAAACAUAACCAGUUCUCGCUGCUUAACCGUAUUGCGGAUCAUUCAUUGGAGGCACAAGACAUAAUGGCUAAGAUGGAACAAUCCAUGCCGACCCUAGAGACGAUACUGAAUGAAGUGGACCAGUUCGUUGAGUCAGAUAAGACUUACAACGAAGCACCACAUAUCAUUGACGUGGUGAUGCCACUGUUGUGCUCCUACUUACCUUUCUGGUGGGCGCAGGGUCCUGAUAAUGUGACUCCGACAGGCGGGAAUCACGUAACUAUGGUCACAGCAGAGCACAUGAACCAACUUCUUAAGAAUGUGUUGAAACUUAUUAAGAAGAACAUAGGCAACGAAAGCGCCCCUUGGAUGACACGCAUUGCGACCUACACGCAACAGAUAAUCAUAAACAGUUCCGAGGAGCUGUUGAGGGACUCGUUCCUCCCUCUAGCGGAGAGAGUCAGGAAACGAACGGAUACGAUGUUCCACAAGGAGGAGAGCUUGAGAGGAUUUAUCAAGUCUUCGACUGAUGAUACGUCCCAAGUCGAGUCACAGAUACAAGAAGACUGGCAGUUACUCGUCAGGGACAUUUAUUCGUUCUACCCUCUACUUAUUAAAUAUGUUGACCUUCAGAGGAACCACUGGCUUAGGAACAACGUUCCAGAGGCCGAAGAAAUUUACAACCAUGUAGCAGAAAUAUUUAACAUCUGGUCCAAGAGUCAGUACUUCUUAAAGGAGGAGCAGAACUUCAUAUCCGCGAACGAAAUCGACAAUAUGGUGCUCAUAAUGCCUACAGCUACAAGGCGGGUGACUACCAUAGUCGAUGGAACACCGCAGGGUGGUGGAAAGAAAAAGAAGAAAAACCGUGAUAAGAAGCGAGACAAAGACAAGGAGGUGCAGGCGUCUCUUAUGGUCGCUUGUCUGAAGAGAUUAUUGCCUGUCGGACUCAACUUGUUCGCGGGAAGAGAACAAGAGUUGGUUCAGCAUUGCAAAGACCGCUUUUUGAAGAAAAUGUCAGAACAAGAUGUUGCUGAAUUCGCUAAGACGCAGCUUACGUUGCCCGACAAAAUCGACCCCGCAGACGAGAUGUCCUGGCAACACUACCUCUACAGCAAACUGGGCUCUAAGAGCAAGACCACGAUUACAGUGGAAACUGCAGAGAAUAAGGCCAAGAUCAUUGAUGAUACCGUAGAGAGAAUUGUUGCUAUGAGUAAAGUGCUGUUUGGAUUGCAUAUGAUUGACCAUCCUCAGCAAAUGAGUAAAAACGUAUACCGAUCGGUAGUGUCUAUUCAACGAAAACGUGCAGUUAUCGCUUGCUUCAGACAAACUUCUCUACAUUCAUUGCCAAGGCAUCGAGCUUGCAACAUAUUCGCACGAUCAUAUUACGAGCUAUGGCUGCAAGAAGAGAACUUUGGUCAAGAGGUCAUGAUAGAAGAUUUAACCCAAUCUUUCGAAGACGCCGAGUUGAAAAAGAGCGAUGUAGUUGAAGAAGAAGGCAAGCCUGAUCCUCUCAAUCAACUUGUCACCACCUUCUGCCGAGGCGCCAUGACUGAACGAUCGGGGGCUUUACAGGAGGAUCCACUAUACAUGUCGUACGCGCACAUUAUAGCAAAGUCUUGUGGAGAAGAAGAGGAAGAAGGAGGUGGCGAUGAAGAAGAGGGUGGAGAAGCAGAAGGCGAGGAAGAAGGACGAGCUGGUAUACAUGAGCAAGAAAUGGAGAAACAAAAACUGCUGUUCCAUCAAGCACGUCUCGCUAACAGAGGUGUAGCUGAGAUGGUGCUCCUGCACAUAUCCGCUUCAAAGGGAGUACCGAGUGAUAUGGUCAUGAAAACCUUACAGCUGGGAAUAUCGAUAUUGCGUGGAGGCAAUAUCGAUAUUCAGAUGGGGAUGCUUAAUCAUCUAAAGGACAAGAAAGACGUCGGAUUCUUUACAUCGAUAGCCGGCCUGAUGAACUCCUGCUCCGUUUUGGAUUUGGACGCCUUUGAAAGGAAUACGAAAGCUGAAGGUCUUGGAGUUGGACUGGAAGGUGCGGCUGGUGAAAAGAAUAUGCACGACGCGGAGUUCACUUGUGCAUUGUUCCGUUUCAUCCAGUUGACCUGUGAAGGGCACAAUUUGGAGUGGCAGAACUACCUACGUACACAAGCUGGUAACACCACGACAGUAAAUGUUGUCAUUUGCACAGUCGAUUAUCUCCUACGUCUGCAGGAAUCCAUUAUGGACUUUUACUGGCAUUACUCUAGCAAGGAACUAAUCGACCCGGCAGGCAAAUCAAACUUCUUCAAAGCGAUCGGCGUUGCGUCUCAGGUGUUUAACACGCUCACUGAAGUCAUACAAGGGCCUUGUACGCAAAAUCAACAGGCUUUGGCACAUUCCAGAUUGUGGGACGCUGUCGGUGGUUUCCUGUUCCUUUUCUCGCACAUGCAGGACAAGCUGUCGAAACAUUCAUCUCAAGUGGACCUGCUCAAGGAAUUGCUCAAUCUACAAAAGGACAUGAUCACUAUGAUGUUGUCUAUGCUUGAAGGAAAUGUUGUCAAUGGAACAAUCGGUAAGCAGAUGGUGGACACAUUGGUGGAGUCUGCGUCGAACGUCGAGCUUAUUCUGAAGUACUUCGACAUGUUCUUGAAGCUGAAAGAUCUGACAUCCAGCGCUAGCUUCCAGGAGAUCGACGCCAACAACGACGGCUGGGUCUUGCCAAAAGACUUUAAGGAGAAAAUGGAACAGCAGAAGAGUUAUACACCAGAAGAGAUUGAGUUCCUGCUAGCAUGUUGCGAGACCAACCAUGAUGGGAAAUUGGACUACGUUGGCUUCUGCGACCGCUUCCACGAACCCGCCAAGGAAAUCGGCUUCAAUCUUGCUGUAUUGUUGACCAACCUUUCAGAGCAUAUGCCAAACGAACCAAGGCUGGCUCGUUUCCUAGAAACGGCAGGCUCCGUCCUAAAUUACUUCGAACCAUUCCUGGGUCGUAUUGAAAUAAUGGGCGGUUCAAAGCGCAUCGAGCGGGUAUACUUCGAGAUCAAGGAGUCCAACAUCGAGCAGUGGGAGAAACCACAGAUUAAGGAAUCGAAACGCGCGUUCUUCUACAGCAUAGUUACCGAAGGUGGCGAUAAGGAGAAGUUGGAAGCGUUCGUGAACUUCUGCGAGGAUGCCAUCUUUGAAAUGACACACGCCUCCGGCCUGAUGGCCGCUUCGGAGGAAACUGCCGGCGGACCGAAGAACAGGGAGGCCAGUUAUAUGUAUAUGGGCGACGACGAUGAUGAGAGAGCUGGCAAAGAUCCUUUCCGGCGCGGAUAUCAAUCCGUGAAAGACGGCAUCUCUGCUGCAUUUUCAUCUUUAUCACCAUCCAACAUCAAGGCGAAGAUCGCAGACCUGCAGCAAAUGUCACCAGCGGAGUUAGCAGUUGGAUUCUUCAAAAUGUUCUUCUAUCUGUUUUACUAUUUCGGUUACGGCGUUCUAGUUGUCAUCAGGUACAUAUUCGGCGUGCUGCUAGGAUUGAUGCGAGGUCCUCAAACAGAAGAAGUACCGCCCGAGCCGACUGAAGAGGAAAAAAUUGGUCAGUUAAGGCACAGAUUACUGACUCAACAACAAAGUCCCUCAAGACAUCUACCAGCUCUGCCGUCGAGUGACGACACUGGGCAGAUGCAAGUGUCUGCAUUUGGACUGGAUAUAACUAAAGAAGACAACGGGCAAAUACAAGUAAAACCACACGAAUCCCCGACGACCUCAACACCUUCAUCUGGCGAAGAAGCGGAAGUAUCUCUUGAUGAAAGCCCCGAACACACCGAAGAGCAACAGCCUCCAUCGCUCAUCGAUCUUCUUGGUGGAGAGCAAGCAAAGAAACAGGCACAAGAGCGUAUGGAGGCACAAGCUGCGCAACAAGCUGCCAUGUCCGCCAUUGAAGCUGAAAGCAAAAAAGCGGUGCAAGGGCCAUCUCCAUCGGCCCUGUCACAGGUGGAUCUGUCCCAGUACACACGCCGUGCAGUCUCAUUCCUCGCUCGCAACUUCUACAACUUGAAGUACGUCGCCCUGGUUCUUGCCUUCUGUAUCAACUUCGUACUACUGUUUUAUAAGGUUUCUACUUUAGACGGUGAAGGUAACGAGGGUUCUGGUGUGGGCAGCAUUAUCGCCGGUUCUGGUUCCGGCUCUGGAUCUGGCAGUGGUGACGGUAGCGGCGAGGCGGGCGACGACGACGACAGUUACGAAGUGGUUCAUAUAGACGAGGACUUCUUUUAUAUGGAACAUUUAUUGAAAGUGGCCGCAGUUCUACAUUCUGUCGUCUCGCUCGCUAUACUGAUUGGUUAUUAUCAUCUCAAGGUACCUCUGGCCAUUUUCAAGCGUGAGAAGGAGAUAGCACGCAAGCUGGAAUUCGACGGACUCUACAUCGCAGAGCAGCCCGAAGACGACGACCUUAAGAGUCACUGGGACAAACUUGUUAUAUCUGCCAAAUCAUUUCCAGUGAACUACUGGGACAAGUUCGUUAAGAAGAAAGUGCGUGCCAAAUAUUCGGAGACAUAUGACUUCGACUCCAUCUCGAAUAUGCUCGGUAUGGAGAAGACGUCCUUCUCGGCGCAAGAAGACGAAGGCAGCAAGGGUUUCUUACAUUAUAUCAUCAACAUCGAUUGGCGUUACCAAAUAUGGAAAGCUGGCGUGACCAUCACGGACAACUCCUUCCUGUAUUCUCUGUGGUACUUCAGCUUCUCCGUGAUGGGCAAUUUCAAUAACUUCUUCUUCGCGGCGCAUUUGCUCGACGUCGCCGUUGGAUUCAAAACGCUGAGGACCAUCUUGCAGUCCGUAACGCACAAUGGCAAACAGUUGGUGUUGACGGUGAUGCUGCUAACAAUUAUAGUGUACAUCUAUACGGUCAUUGCUUUCAACUUCUUCCGCAAAUUUUACGUACAGGAGGAGGAUGACGAGGUCAACAGGAACUGUCACGAUAUGUUGACCUGCUUCGUUUUCAACCUAUACAAAGGCGUGAGAGCCGGUGGCGGUAUCGGAGAUGAGCUUGAACCGCCCGACGGUGAUGACUCAGAGGUGUACCGCAUCAUCUUCGAUAUAUCCUUCUUCUUUUUCAUCAUUGUUAUCCUGCUUGCUAUCCUGCAGGGUCUUAUCAUCGACGCGUUCGGUGAACUCCGUGACCAACUAGAGUCGGUGAAGGAAGACAUGGAGUCCAACUGCUUCAUAUGCGGCAUUAAUAAAGACUACUUUGAUAAGGUUCCGCACGGGUUCGACACGCAUGUGCAAAGAGAACAUAAUUUAGCCAACUACAUGUUCUUCCUCAUGCAUCUCAUCAACAAACCUGACACCGAGUAUACGGGUCAAGAAACGUACGUGUGGAACAUGUACACACAAAGAUGUUGGGAUUUCUUCCCGGUGGGAGACUGCUUCAGGAAACAAUACGAAGAUGUGAUGGGAGAGUAG